GUUGACGCAGGCAAAGCAAAAGCCAUUGGCCUCUCCAACUUCAACAGUAAGCAGAUUGAAAAGAUUCUAAAGGUGUGCCGCAUCAAGCCAGCCAACCUGCAAGUGGAGAUCCAUGUGUACCACCAGCAGAAGGACCUGCGAGAGCUCUGUCGUGGCUUCGACAUUUCCAUUUGCGCCUACUGCCCUCUUGGCGCCCCGUAUAUGGCCAAAGGAUCCGACGAGUGCCCGAUCCUUUUGCAGCAUCCUUUGGUGACGUCAAUGGCCAAGCGGCUUGGCAGGACCCCGGCUCAAGUCCUCCUCAGGUUUUUGAUCCAGAACAACAUGCCCGUCAUUCCAAGGUCCACCAAUCAGAAACGACUCAAAGAGAACUUCAAAGUGUUUGACUUCGAGUUGUGCGCCGAAGACAUGGCGUCGCUGGAAGCCCUGGACCGCGAAGGCGCCGGACGCAUCGUAGACUUCAAAUCACUGUUCGAAGGGAUCGAGAACCAUCCGGAAUGGCCCUUCAACAUCCCCUUCUAAGGAGACGGAUCAAGAAGAAAAAUGCAGAGCUAUGAGACGACUUUUACAUUCGACACCGGACUGAAUUAGGAUUUAUGUGUCUUGGUUAUUCAACUGAAAGAGGCCGAGAGGUUGUGCCCUUAUCUCUCUGUCGCUAUCUAUAUAACUGUUUAUCUAUCCAUUGCUCUCUCUUUCUUUCUCUUUCUCUCUCUCUCUCUCUCUCUCUCUCUCUCUCUCUCUCUCUCUCUCUCUCUCUCUCUCUCUCUCUCUCUCUCUCUCUCUCUCUCUCUCUCUCUCUCUCUCUCUCUCUCUCUCAAUAUCUCUAGAAGACCUAGGCUAAUAAUAGAUAUCUUGCAUUCUUUAUCUGCUUGUACAGAAAUUAUGCUGGAGUAAAGUUGCAUCCGCUAUGAAUAUUUACUAUUGCUAUUACUGCUGUGAGCAUAGGCACUAGAUAUCAUCAAACAACGCAUAGUUAUACUUUUGAAUAUUCCCAUUUUAUUUCCUUGACACUUAUUUACGAGUAUAUGGUUUAUUUUAUCUUGCAUGCCGUCCUGUUUUUCAUAUGCCUAUCUUAUUAAAUUCAUAUUUACAAAUGCAGUACUAUAAUUUCCAUUCUAUGAUCUUGUCAUAUAAAUAAUACACAAAAUCUCACUGAUUCAUCGAAAGUCUUCUGCGUGAAGCGGUGGAGAAACAUAUCUCAUAGGAGGGGUGGAGGAAGCUCUCAUCUAUCGAUAUAGUGGGAGUCCCUAUAACACCCCAGAGUUAUCAAGCAAAAUAGAUUUAAUAACUCACCUCCAACCGUCAUAAUAUGGGUCUUUCAUUCACCCCCCCCCCCACCCCUAAAAAAAUCUCUCUAAAUUAGUGGUUCCAAACCUUUCCCAUUUUGUGGCCCCAGGAAAUUAUAUAAUGAUCUCCAUAGCCCAGUUAAGAGACAUAUUUCCAGAUCCAGUUAUAAAAAGUGUAAUGGUCUCAAUAGCUAUAGGACAAGAAAACUAUAGAAAGACUCCAGUUAACUGAUAUGUAGGUACUGUAGGCGUGAUAAAAUUCAGUUCAGUUCGACGUCAUAAUUUUCAUGUUGCUCCAUGACCCCAAGAAAGUGCCCCUUGGCCCCAGGUUGGGAACCCCUGCUCGUGACGCAACCCAAGGUUCCUUUCAAUAAAUGUGAUUAUUAAGCGGGGAUUAUGAAUCUGAAAGUGAAAAUGAAUUUUUUUCUUGUUUACCCUUUCCUGUCCUUAUACAUAUACAGUAGAAUUUAGAUGACUUAAAGGUUCAUCAUGUAAGCAAAAAUUUUUAUGCUAUAUUUUCAUAUAAAGUGGUCGAUUACUUGAUAUUUUGUGUGUCCCAUGCUGCAAAAAAGUAUAUAUGGGAACAACAAUUUUUUUUAUUGUAGCAUAAGUACAUGCUAUUUCUGGAAUGAUGUUUUUUAGGUCAAAUAAACCAGAAACUGGUUCGUGGUGGCUGGAUCUCCCCCUGGCUUACUAUACUGUUUCUAUUCUAAAUUUGUCA